AUGUGCUGGCUCGACUUUGCUGUCCUCUCCCCGCACGAAGGUCCGCUGCUGGAGCGCCUGGGCCGUACGGCACACUUCUGCGGCGCCGAGGACGCCCUGCGCGCUCUGCUGGCGCUCUGCGCCACGUCCUCCUUCUGCGCCGUGCUCGUGCCGCUCCUCGCGCAGAGGCUGGCAACGGUGCCUCGCACGGCGCUCUCCGAGGCGGACGACGCUGGCGUGCACCAGGUGGCCCUCUCCCUGCUGCUGGAGCCGGGUGCCGGGCCGGCGCUCGACGCCGUCAGGGCGAGGGAGGGCCUCUGGGAGAGCCUGUACUUGCCCGAGGAGGUCGCGGGGGAAGCUGAGGACGAGCUCGACGCGGCGGGCCCCCUCCGCGCCAGCGUCGCCGGCGCCUUCGCCGAGGCGGCCGGCGCCCGCGGCUGGCGCGUCGUCGCGGAAGGUGCGGACCUGCUGGACGGGUUCUACCGCUGCGCCCUGCUCCUGGAGAUGCCCGACGGGCGCCGCGCCGCCGUGGACGUCGACCCGGAGGCGCCGCCCUGGGUGCUGACGCCGGCCGACGUGCGGCGGCGCCUGAAGCAUAGGCACCUCGGCCUGCACGGCCUGGAAGUGGUGUGGGCGAGGUGCUGCGACUGGGACGGCGUGGGCCCGGGCGAGGAGCGCCUGCGCGCGGCGGAG